CUUUGACACUUACCGGAUGUUGACAGUUUAAUUGACUAGCCAGCUGACCUACACGUGCGAAAGAAGAAGGCGAGGGUGAAGUUAUGUCUAAAGCAAAGCAGAAACGAGCUAAACGUCUUGGUUUGCUCGGGAAGUUUAAGACUAAAGAUGGGCGGAAGACCGAAGGAUCAGAGCCGACAAAUAAUAGCAAGCAGCCGGCUGUUUACCAGGUCAAGAACUCCAGGAGACCAGAGGAUGUCAGGAAGCAAAGGCUUCAAGAUCUCCAAGAAAAGCAGAAGCUGUCCAGAGAGCGUGAGAUGAUGAAGAGGAGAAAUUUACAAACCUUUCAGUACGACAUCCUACAGCGACAAAGAGAGUUUGAGCUGAAGGAAACAGAGAUGCAGAGUUUGGAAAAAAAUGUAAACUUUGAAAAUGAGAAUUCAAGAAAGGCGUAUUACAGAGAAUUUAAAAAGGUCGUGGAGGCUUCGGAUGUCAUUUUGGAGGUCUUGGAUGCCCGUGACCCUCUGGGCUGCAGAUGCCCUCAGGUGGAGCAAGCCGUCAUCCAGAGUGGAACCAACAAGAAGAUCGUUUUAGUCCUCAAUAAGAUCGAUUUGGUAUCGAAAGAAAUCGUGGAAAAGUGGAUUAAGUAUCUCCGUAACGAGUUUCCUACUGUGGCUUUCAAAGCAUCUACCCAGCAACAAACUAAGAACUUGAAACGCAGUAACGUCCCAGUAACUCAAGCCACCUCUGAGCUCCUGAGCACCAGCGCUUGCAUCGGAGCCGACUGCCUGAUGAAAUUACUGGGAAACUAUUGCCGCAACCAGGACAUCAAGACUGCCAUCACCGUGGGAGUUGUGGGUUUUCCUAACGUGGGGAAGAGCAGCUUGAUCAACAGUCUGAAACGGGCGCGGGCCUGCAGCGUCGGAGCCACACCUGGGGUCACAAAGUGUCUUCAAGAAGUGCAUUUGGACAAACAUAUUAAGCUCCUGGAUUGUCCCGGAAUCGUCAUGGCAACAUCAACAACCGACGCGGCAAUGAUCCUUCGUAACUGCGUGAAAAUUGAACAGCUUGUAGAUCCCCUUCCACCCGUCGAAGCCAUCCUCCGCAGGUGUAACAAGGCCCAGAUCAUUGAGCACUACGGCGUUCCAGACUUCCAGACGGCUCCGGAGUUCCUGGCUCUUCUCGCCCGGCGGCAAGGCAAACUGAGGAAGGGGGGGCUGCCGGACACCGAUAAAGCAGCUAAGAGCGUGUUGAUGGACUGGACGGGAGGAAGGAUCAGCUACUUCACACACCCUCCAGAAACACACACUCUGCCCACCCACGUCAGCGCUGAGAUUGUUACAGAAAUGGGAAAAGCCUUUGACUGGGACGAGCUGGAGAAAGGAAAUCAGGAGGUUCUUGCAGAGUCUUCUUGCCCUGACAUCCAAAUGGGAUUUUGCAUGGAAACUGCCGGAAUGACGCAAGGGGGUCAAAUCGAGUCACCUGACCCGGAAAUGGAGGGAGGGUCUCUGGAAGAUGAAGCCGAAACUAUGGAGGAUGACCAGGAUUCAGAGUUUGGGCCAAUGACGGUGGAGAUAAAAGCCCAGAGAAAGACGGACCUCCCUGUGAAAGACGCGGCUCCCAAAGCUCCAAACUUGAAGGAUAUUGUGAAAGUAGAUCCUCUGCAGCAGGGUCAGGCACUCCUAGCUGCCAACAAGAAGAGGAAAAAGCAGCAGAAAAGAGCCGACAAAAUUGCUACCAAACUCUCGGACACACUUGCAUCUGCAAUGGACUUCUAACUCUCAGAGGACUUAUCAUGGGAAUUGAAUUAAAAAGAAAGUUUAACAA